UUGACUGUGUGCCAACAUCCUUUCUCUUACCUUGAUUUUAUAUCAUACCUUUUCAUGCACCUAUACGAAGACCAGGAAUAUAUAAUCAGCCUCUAAUAAUCCCAUAUUUUCAUGUGAUCACAUCAUUCUCAUCGUUUUCUGAGUUUCUUUUAGGAGAUGGAUGAACCCAAACAAUCGACAAAAAAGAAAGAUGUAUCAAAUACAAAAUCAAUAUGGGGUAUAAGUUCUGUAAGAGGGAAGAUUACAGAUAAAUGCCUAUGGGCAGCUUGUAAAGCAAUGAGUGCUGGAUUUUUCUUAAUCCUAAUAGGAACUGGAAUGGCUACCGUAGGAUUUUACUCAGACCAGUUAUCUAAAGUUGAAAAGAAACAAGGUAAUAUCACUGUUUAUCACAAGGAUGGACUUAAAGAUAUGCACUUGUCUAGCUUAACUUAUUUUGGUCCUGUAGUUAUGGGGGUUGGUGGAUUUAUCAUUUUAGCAACAUGUGUGAUGACUUUCGAAGCUAGAGACACUGCUACAAAAAUCGUUCCAUCAUUCUUUCGUAAGAGCCGUAUACACGCUGUGCAAGCAAUGGGAUCUUCACCAACAAGACAUUCAAGUGAUACAUCUUGGGAGAGAUUUCUUGCAAAUUCUUGCUGGAGAGGCGAAGGUAGUCAAAGAAGUAGAUCAGUAGUUACAAGAGAGCUUAAAAAUUUCAGUAAAAAAUUGCAAUCUAGUAUGGAUUCGGCAAAAAUUGUUAUUGUUGAAGAUGGUAGAAACAUAUGCAAUAUGAAAAAAUGCCCUUCAGAGCCGUUUGUUUCUAAGAUUCACGAAUUACCAACUGAAAAAGAGGAUUCAGAACAGAAAAAAGAAACUUUGCAACUACCGACAGAAAUGGGUAAACCUAAGCCAAAAUCCCUUCUUCUAGCUGCUAACAUCUAUCGUCAAGCAGCAUCAAUGGAUUGUCCAAAAAGACAACUUCAGAGACAGGCUGCUCAGGACGAAUCUCUCGAAUCGGAAACGACUGAGCAAAAAACACACUUGAUAGUACAGAGGAGUGAUUCUAACAGUUCUAUGGCAAUGGAUCUUUAUCUUCCUCAAGGAGCUGUGACUUUACACGUGAAAGACAAAACCAAAGGAAAGAAAGGAACGAGAAAACACAGGAAGACAUCAUCCUCUGAGCGAACAGAACGCACUGAAUCAAAAUCUACACAAUCAGGAAGCUUUGAAUCGGAUAAAACUGUAGUAUCUCAAGAUAGCGUGUUUUCUCAUAAAAAGAUAUCUCCAGAAAAUUCCAGACAGCAAAGCAGCGAACCUUUUCAAAAACCGAGGGUUAUAAUCACUCAGCAAUCAUCAACAGUUAAAAGAAAUCCGCUUAUGAGACAGAAAGCCAUAGAUGGUGGACAAGAAACAAAAUCGAACAAUGAACCAGGAUGAAAAUCUAAAAGAUCUUCAGCACAUGAUCCAGAAAAUCCAUCAUCUUCAUCCAUAGAUUGAUGACUAUGGAGAAGAAUGCAUAAGAAUGUCUUAAAUAUGCACCAUUCCAGUUAAAAAAAAUCACACUAAUCAAUCUCUAUUUUAAUUUAUAGCUGUCGUGUUGGUGAAUGGUAAGAUUUGUUACAUUUUUUCAAUGAA